AUGGCUGCCCGUACCUCCGUUGAGGACUUCCAGGACCUCGUCAAGUCCAGCAACCGCAUCGUCGCCCUCUGCGGCGCCGGCCUGUCCGCAGCCUCGGGCCUGCCCACAUUCCGAGGAGCAGGUGGACUAUGGCGAAACCACGAGCCUACGUCCCUCGCAACUCCUGAGGCCUUCGAGGAGGACCCCGCUCUGGUUUGGCUCUUCUACGCCUGGAGGCGACACAUGUGUCUCAAAGCACAACCCAACGCGGGCCAUCACGCGCUUGCAGAGCUGGCAAAGAAGAAGGACAAUUUUGUCUGCCUGACGCAGAACGUCGACGGUGAGAACGAGCACUCCUGCCCCGGCACACGAGAGAAGGCCCCAAGAUCUUGCAGGCAGACAACUGACCGUCACACAGGCCUAUCAAGCCGCGCCGGCCACCCCAAAGACCGGCUGCGCCUCCUCCACGGGAGCAUCCUGGACCUGAAGUGCUUCGACGAGUGCGGCUACGUCGAGAGGGACAACCUGUCGGACCCGCUCUGCCCCGCCCUCGAGGCCGCGUCCGCGGUGAACACGCCGCCGGACCAGUCGGGCAGGCUGCCCCUGCUCGACCCCAAGGUCCCCGUGCCCAGGAUCGACGUCAAGGACCUGCCGCACUGCCCGAGGUGCAAGACGGGCCUCCUGCGCCCGGGCGUCGUCUGGUUCGGCGAGGCGCUCGACGGGGAGAUGCUGAACGCGACGGACGAGUGGAUCGCCUCGGCCCCGGUGGACAUCAUGCUGGUGGUGGGCACCGCGGCCGUGGUCUACCCGGCGGCUGGCUACACGCAGAAGGCCAAGAGGAAGGGGGCGGUCGUGGCGGUCAUCAACCCUGACAAGGGUGCUUGCGCGGGACUGGGGUCCAAGGACUUCUUCUUCCAGGGCGAUGCUGCUGAGAUCCUCCCCAAGCUGUUUGCAAAAGUUAUUUGA